CGCUGCCCUAACCACUGGGCCAUUGCAUCUUCACUUUAAUUACAUAGACCAGAGAGCUUCGGAGAGUGUAGAACUCUUCUGCGUUGUGAAAACUCAAAAAGACACAAACACUCAACAAAUAGCGACAGACGUGGCGAUGUUAUUCGCCGGUUUAAUUAUCAUCGUUUUGGUGAUAUUCAUAUGUUUAUUUUUUGUAUACAUCGUUGCGGAACCCCAUCCGAGCCUUGAACGUCAUGAGUCCGAAAUGUUCUUCGUCGAUCCGAAAAACAACAACAAAAAGUCUCGUUUUUUGCAUAAUAUCGACGCUGCCUCUAUAGACCUUACUGUUGUGGUACCUGCAUAUAAUGAAGAAGAGCGAAUGCCGCAGAUGUUGAACGAAGCUAUAGCUUUCUUAAACAAACGACAGAAAAGCAACCCCGCUUUUACGUACGAGAUAAUCAUCGUUGACGAUGGCAGUAACGACAACACUACAAAAACCGGACUGUUGUACGUAGGGAAGUAUGGAGUAGAUAAAGUCCGGGUAUUAACGCUUGAGAAAAAUCGCGGUAAAGGUGGUGCUAUCCGUCUAGGAGUAUUGUCGUCCCGUGGUCGAAGAAUACUCUUCGCCGAUGCUGAUGGAGCCACUAAGUUCAGUGAUCUGGGUAAAUUGGAAAAGAAAUUAGAGCAAGAAGUUCGAAAAACUCCGUCAAAUUUGGUCGUAAUUUGCGGUUCACGAGCACACUUGGAAAAAGAGUCUAUAGCCACACGGACCUACUUUAGGACUAUUCUCAUGUACGGUUUCCACUUUGUUGUUUGGUUUCUCUGCGUGAGAGGUGUGAAGGAUACCCAGUGUGGAUUUAAACUGCUGAGUAGAGAGGCCGCUUUGCUUCUGUUCCGAAACUUACACGUGGAAAGGUGGGCUUUCGAUGUUGACAUUCUUUAUCUUGCGCAGUAUUUUAAAAUGACCAUUGCAGAAGUAGCUGUCACUUGGGAAGAAAUUGAAGGCUCCAAAUUAGUUCCUUUCUGGAGCUGGUUACAAAUGGGCAAGGACCUCUUCCUCAUUUGGCUUCACUAUUCUAUUGGAGCGUGGAGAAUUAAUUCAAAGCGGAAAGUCACGUAAAAUAUUUAUGUUUACCUAAGUUCAUGACUAUAAUUAUUAACUGUUAUAAUUAUUUUUAUAAUCAUUAUUGGAUAGGGACCCGAUUGGUGGAUCGACGGAGUAAAUAUGAUGUUCUGUUUAAUUAUCUCCCUUUACGUUCUGAGUUCAAAUCUUACCCGGGUCGAGAAAAUCAGAGCCCAGUCAAAUACUGAGGUCCAUUAAGUCGGUUAUACCCAGAAUUCACCAUUUGAAUUACGGCCAUACCGUAGCACUGCCUUUAUUAGGUUUAAUCGAUUAUAUCAACCCAUGUACUUUCAUCGAUUUUACAAAGACGACAGGCAAAAGUGGACCUAGGUAAGAUUUUAAACAAGAAAACGUAAAGGGACUUAAGUAAAUUCCACGAGGAAUUUAGUCCCUCGGUUUAUCAAUUCUGACAUAACCCUCCUCAAAAAGUUUUUAAAAAAAUUAAUAACAUAAACAGAAAAAAAAUAAUGCAUUCCUCUAAACUGUAAUAUAUUAUUUUUGGUUGAAAUAUAUUUUAGACGGUAUAAAGUUUUCAAUACCUGUCAUCUUUCAAGUUUUUUUUUUUCGCCGCCUGAAACUCAGCAAUUUAAAAACUUUUAUUUUAUUUUCAUUUAUAAAAAAAAAAAAAGAAUUUAAUCAAGACAAACACCUGUUUCUGUUUUGAACUAUAGUAAGUUUUAUUUUAUUUUUUCAUUUGUGAAAAAAAAACAAAAAACAAAUAAGGAAUGUAUUUAAAGAACAUUUUGUUAUGAACAUGAACAUGUUUUUAUCCCCAUUUUUUUUCUCAUCUAAUAAAAUAACAGAAACAGUUGUUA